AUGAACGGCGAUACUACAGCAGGCAACGGCCCAGAGAUCGAUCUCUACGAGAUCCUCGGCGUACCCAGAGACGCCUCGCAAGCCGAUAUCCGCAAGGCAUACAGAAAAGCGGCUCUUGCCAGCCACCCGGACAAAGUACCCCCCGAAGAACGGGAAGAGGCAGAAGCCCGUUUCAAAGCCGCCUCCCAGGCCUACGAAAUCCUCUACGAUGACGAGAAGAGACACCUCUACGAUGCCCACGGCAUGGCUGCCUUUGAUGGGUCCCGCGGUGGGCCCGGCAUGGGUGGGGAGGUGAACAUGGAAGAUAUCCUCAACUUGUUCGGUAUGGGUGGUGGGAUCCCCGGGAUGGGCAUGCCAGGAGGAAUGGGCGGCGGGAUGGGCGGCCGCAAAAUGCGAAGGAGUCCCGAUGAAAAUCAGAAAUACGAAGUCACUCUGGAAGAUCUGUACAAGGGCAAGACGGUCAAGUUCUCAUCGACCAAGAACGUCAUCUGUUCGAAGUGCAAGGGUACAGGUGGUGCAGAGAAGGCGCAGGCCAAAGAAUGCACUUCCUGCAAGGGGCAGGGUGUCAAACAGGUCCUGAGUCAAGUGGGGCCCGGCAUGUUGACCCAGCGCAUGGUCGAAUGCGGUGCCUGCGAGGGCACGGGCCAAGUCUUCAACCCCAAGGACAAAUGCAAGAAAUGCAAGGGUAAACGGGUCACGGAGGAGAAGAAGCAGCUCGAGCUCUACAUCCCCCGCGGGGCUCGGGAAGGGGAUCAAAUCAGACUCGAAGGCGAGGCGGAUCAGAUCCCCGGGGCGGAACAGACGGGCGACAUCAUUUUCCACCUCGUCGAGCAACCUCACGAUGUGUUCCAGCGCACGGGCAACGAUCUCAGCGCAAAACUCGACAUCACCCUCGCCGAGGCCCUGACGGGCUUCCACCGCGUGGUCCUCAAACACCUCGACGGCCGAGGCAUCGAGCUCAACCACCCUCAGGAACCAGGCCAAAUCCUCCGCCCCGGUGAAGUCCUCAAGAUCCACGGCGAAGGGAUGCCACUGAAAAAAUCCGACGCAAAGGGCGAUUUGUAUCUUGUCGUCGAGAUCGGCUUCCCCGAAGACGGUUUCUUCCUGGACAAACCCGAGGCCGUGGAGCAGUUGCAGAAACUCCUGCCCGGACCCGAGCCGCCGAUCGAGGCUGAGGAAGCCGACGAGGUCAGUUUCGAGAUCGCGGACAUUGACGAGAUCGGUGGCCAGGAGGCCCAAGAGGCGUGGGAGGACGAGGACGGUCCGCAAGGCGCGCAGUGCCAGACUCAGUAA